GUCCGAGGGUAGUUCGGGUGCAUAGCAACGGACAUUUCGGCGGGUAACCGGAUAAGAAGGUAACAAUACUUAGAUGUAGUGCAGGGCAUCAUAAAGGGAGAAGAAAGGAUUGACAUGUGUUAUGUUGUAACAUUUUGGGCAAGAAAAACAAAGAACAGCUGAACAAGAGCAGAGCCAAGGUAACUCGGGUGAUAACAGCUAAAUAUAUCAGCAUCACAAAGACCGAAGAACAGAAAACAGGCACUGAAUCCUCAGGACAGCUGUGUGAAAGAGAAAAGGAAGAUAAAAGCAGAGUGGUUCACACUGGACUCCCAUGAGGUCCUGCAUUACUGAGGAAAGAAAGGUGAUGUUAAAAAGCAUCAGUUUUGACCACACAGAGUAUCCUUAAGUAGGGGGACUCAACAUUAAUCAAAAUCUGACUUCCUGUUUUGACGGAGGAUUGGACCAUCAACAAGUUACUGUAUAGAUUGUGUUCCUAAAGACCCAGACCCUCCACAUCAUGGACACACUAGGACUCAGCACUCAGCUAAAAGUACGACAAUGUUCUCAAUGUCAGGGGGACACUGAUUUUUACUGUAACACAUGUAAACGUGAUCUGUGUUUACAGUGUAAAGAGAAACAUGUCAUUGAUCUACAUACCAAACACCAUGAUGUUGUGAUUUACCGUGAGAGGUUUAACUACAUCCCCAGACAAGAGAUCUGUGUCAGACAUCCAGACAGGUUCUAUGAAAUGUUCUGUCAGUCGUGUGAACUUUCUGUCUGUUUCCGAUGUUUAGAGCACCGAAAACACCAAAUACUGGACAUUAGAACAGCCUAUCAAACAAAGCGACAACAACACCGAGAAAUCAUUGACAACAUCAGAAGUGAGACUCUCUAUAACUGUCGUGUUCUCCUGGCAGGAAUCCAAACUGAUAUCCAAACUUGUCCCCCACAAAUCUGUCACCGUCAAUCACAGAUGUCAACAAAAGCCCAGAGACUGAAGGAUCUGAUUGACACUGCGGUAUGUGAUGUUAAAACAAGAUACCGAGGUUUAUUGAUUGAUAGAAUACAACAACAGAAGAGAAAAAUGAACAGACACCUCACCCACAUACAGAACUAUGAAGACAAAUAUGAACAAUCAGCAAACAGAGCGGUACAAUUCCUCUUGUUUAUAAAGACCAGUCGUGUCCCCCAGAUAAAGGACACCCCUAAUCUUCCACAACACCUGCUGCUGUCCCAGACUGAGGGAUUCAACAUGGAGGAUGUCAGUCAGUUAUUGAGGGGAAUCCCAGAAAUCCAAAUGACAACAGGAAAACGACAAGUAGGAAUAGACGAGUGUGUGAAACUGAUGUCCACACCUGUAUUACACACGUCUGUCUGUGUGACAGGUGUUAGUGGUGUGUUACACAUAUCUCGCGUGAUCUCAGACAAGGUCUGGGUCUCUGAUUUUAACACUCUCAUCUUGACAGACACAACAGGAGACACUAUACACCGUGUGGCAGAUAUAACAACAUCAUUGUUUACAGGAGGAGUACACACAGUGAACAGUUCUGGUGAACUGAUUUAUAUAGACAGUGAUGAUAACAUCAACAAACUGUCUGUGAACAAUCAAACAGUCACCACACAGAUAGAGUAUACAUCACCAUGGGAACCACGGUGUGUGUACUGCUCCCCGUCCACUGGAGAUCUGAUGGUCGGGAUGUGGAACUAUAAAACAGGCAAGGUAACCCGGUACAACAGUAGUGGUCAACACAUCCUGACCAUACAACACGACAACAAACGUCACACGCUGUAUAGUGAUCCUCUCUAUAUCACAGAGAACACUAACAGUGAUAUUAUUGUGUCUGACUGGAUUACAUAUAAUCGUGGUGCUGUAGUGGUGACAGAGUGCGGGGGGAGACAUCGAUUCUCCUACACAGGACCUCCAUCAGGAUCAUCACUAAAUCCAGUAGGAAUCUGUACAGACGCGCUGUCACACAUCCUGGUGUGUGAUGUUAACACCAACACAGUACAGAUGAUUGACAAGGACGGUCACUUCCUGUCUCUGUUACUGACACCACAACACGGGAGAAACAGACCAUGGAGCCUGAACUAUGAUGAUAAAACUCACCUUCUCUGGGUCGGAUCAGUCAAAACCAACACAGUGUCUGUAUAUAGAUAUCUACAGAGGAGGUACUCUCUGACUGUUAAUCCAGACAGAGAUGAGCAGAUCACGGAAGCUUCUGAAAGUUUUGAGGAGGUUCAGGAAUCGGGAUCAGAGCUGGAAAUCAGUGGAGAGUCCGAGUCUGAAGAAAACAGCGAGGAUUUGAAGUCUGAGGAUAGCAGCGAGGAAUCUGAUCCUGAUGACGAGGAUACUGCUGAAUCACAAACUAGUGAAGAUAAUGGUGUAGAGGAAAACGAUGAUCAGAAUUUAGAGGAGACCAGCAAGAAUGAAGAUGAAUAAGAAAUGUCUGGGUAA